UGGCCGGCGGGGGCAGGCGGGCCCUGGGCACUGAUGACCGCCUUUGCCAGGCUGGGGGAUGACCUGUCUGUCCAAGCCCACCCAGCCACAUACCACCCACCCACCCAGCACUCCUACCGAAGGGCCUUAAGCACCUACCUGCCGCAGACCCGGGGCCCGGCUGGGUCACAGGCGCUGACCACACAGUGCCCUGUUCCAGGACCCCAGGCUGGCCACACCUCAGCAUCCAGGCGUUCAGACAGGGAUGCAGGCCCUGGGGGGCAUGCGUGAGGGUCACUGCCUGGAGCUCAGCACCUUUGAAGCCUUCCACGCGGGCGGCCUGGCCCCGGGCUGGAACCUGCUGGUGCAGGGACAUUCUGACUCUGGAGAGGACCAGUUUGAGAUCAACUUCCUGUCUGAGACGGGCGACAUCGUCUUCCACAUCAAGCCCCGGUUCUCCAGCGCCACCAUGGUGGCCAACACCUUCCAGGGCGGCCGCUGGGGCCAGGAGGAGGUGUCCAGCAUCUUCCCGCUGGUGCUCGGGGAGCCCUUUGAGAUGGAGGUCAGCUCGGACGCGGAGCACUUCCACGUCCACGCCCAGGAGCACAAAGUGCUGCAGUUCGCCCACCGCCACAGGCCGCUGGCCGCCAUCACGAGGGUGCAGGUGCUCAGUGACCACCGCCUGGCCCAGGUGGAGCUGGCCCGGAAGGGCCUGAGCUGGGGGGCCGGGGGCUACUGAGCUGUGUCAGAAGUCCCAGGAUCGAGCCUUGGCCGUUGACCCUCCCACGUCCAGUGAAGCCCACUCUGGAGAAGCUGGGGGGAGAGGGCUCUGUGGUUCUGGGACCCGCAUUUCAGCUCC